AUGGAUAAGCUUGUUAUUGAGUUGCCAUUGGUUGAUGCUGUUAAGACUUCUCCAAUGCUUAGGAGAUAUGUCAAGAGAAUGGUAACCAAGGAUUUGAAUGUUGAGCAACGAGUGAUGAUGAUUUCAGCUCAAGUCAGUGCCAUCAUUCAGAUCAAGAUCCCAGAAAAACUUCCUGAUCUAGGUAGUUUUGUUCUUGAUUGUACAAUCUUUAAUGAGAGGUUUGCUAGAUCUUUGUGUGAUCUUGGUUCCAGUGUCAACUUAAUGCCUAGAUCAGUAGCACUCAGCCUUGGGAUGACAUAUUUCCAACCCACCAAGAUUAUUCUUAUACUUGCUGACCGUUCAUUCCGCAUUCCUCAUGAAGAGCCUAAGGAUCCUCUAAUCUUGGGAAGAUCAUUCUUAGCCACUGCUGGUGCUAUUAUUUAUGUCAAGAAAGGAAAGAUUGGCCUUAAUGUUGGAGACUUGCAGAUGUGUUUUGACAUGUAUAAGCUGGUUCAGAGGCCAACAAUAGAUGGUCAAACUUUUUAUGUGGAUACAUUGUCUAAUCUUGCUGAUGAGAUUUUCAAGGAGCUGCAUCCUAAAGAUCCUCUUGAGAGAGCAUUGGUUGCUUCUACUGAAGAAGCUAAGCAUUUAGAUGACAUUGCUGUUGGGUAUGUCAAGCUACUAGAUGCUAAUGAACAAGUGAAGAAGUUGGUUGCACAUGAGGAAUUGGUUGGUACUUCUUCACAAGCUGAGAAACUGUCAGAUUGGAGCCUUGAGAAAGCUCCAAAGCUGGAUCUCAAGCCACUUCCUGCAGGGUUAAGUUAUGCAUUUCUAGGUGAGAAUUCUUCAUAUCCUGUUAUUAUUAAUGCUUCCUUAAACAACGCAGAGCUCACUUUACUGAUAAGCAAGCUGCGCAAGUUUCGCAAAGCUCUUGGCUAUUCUCUUGAUGAUAUUGCAGGGAUUUCUCCGGACUUGUGCAUGCAUAGGAUUCAUCUUGAGGAAGGAGCUAAGACAUCUAUUAAGCAUCAGAGGAGCCUAAUCCGAAACUGCAAGAUGUUGUCAAGAAGGAGAUCAUGA